UGCAGAAAUAACAGUGCAGCCAACUGUGGAAGAAGCCUCUGAUACCUGUACUCAAGAAUGCCUCAUCUUGGGACACUCUGACUCCUGCUGGAUGCCAGCUACUCUGACCAAUCCUAGCCCUUCACAGAUAAAGACCUCUGCUAUCUGCCACAGCCCACCGAGGCCCCGCUUGUCAGUUCGUCGCUACAGCCCUCCAGUGACACAGACGGUCGCUAUCUGCCACAGCCCCCCUGUGACCGAAGCUAUUGCACUGUGUCACAGCCCUCCACCAGUACAGGUUACUGUACCCCGCCAUAGUCCACCACCAGCACAGGCCUCUCCAGUCAGCUACAGCCCAACUCUAGUACAGGCUGUGGUAAUUCACCACAGUCCUCCUCUGCCACAGGCUGCCACACACCAUCGCACUCAGGCACAACCACCAAUGGGUUUGCAGCAGGGAUGGGUGCAGGGUGCUGGAGCAGAUGGACUGUAUCCUAUUGAUCAGGGAGUACAGGGCAGUACAAGAGCUCAGUUUUACACCAUGGCUGAAAGAUUUCAUCCCGAUGAUGACUCAAUUAAAGUCAUUCCCUUGACCACCUUUACUUCAGGUCAACAGGCCAGAUCCUCAAGAGGUGAUUCUCCUAUCAUAGAGGAACACCCCUUGUAAAAGAAGUAUAUAAACAUACUCAAAGAUUAACAUUCAAUUUUAAUGAAUAUUCCAAAUUGGCAGAUUUGUAAAUAGCUGUGUAAAUAGAAACAGAUACCAGAAUAAGACUAGAGCUAGACCCUUAGUCAAAAGAUAAAAUAAAUUUAAAAUUUAAUUUGGUCUGUGAAUUUUCAAAAGAAGUAAAUACUUUAUAUUCCUUUGUACAGAAAGGCUUAUCAUGACAGAAAUUAAUAUGUAGUAUGUAAUAUUUCUGAUGUACUCUGAUGAAUUUUUAUUUUUUACCACCAUGUGCAAUAUUACUGAUUUCUUUUCUGAUUUUUGUGGAUUCAGUAUGUAGUUAUUGGGAAAUUGGCCAAGAUCUGAUUUUCCAAGUUUAGCUUCAGUUUGUCUGUUUUUCCAAGUUUGCCUUUAGUUUUUGUAAAUAUUGCUUCAGAUAAAAUUAGAUGGCACAGUUCUAUAGCAUUUUUGUUUAUCUUUUGUUUUGUUUAUCCUAGUUGCCUUUAGUUUCUUUUUUUAUUGUCUGUAUUUCUAACUUCAAAAAUGUACAGUAGGGGGUGUAAAUAAAAUCUUUUCCAGUUUUUGUCUCUAUCCCUAUUUUUUAUUUUUUCUACCUUCAUUUCAAGUAAAUAUUGAUAUAAUUUGUAUAUACAUGUUUUCAAAAAGAACAUAUAUAAACUGUACAGAACUAGGUUUCAACCUAUUUCUCUACUCUUUAGUAGAGUUCGAGACACUGAAGUGCAAUAGCUAAGCCCAAAUUAGGCAACUAUUAGCCAGAAUGGGCCUCUGCUUUUUUUUAUAUUUAUAUAUUUUUGUAGUGUAGUGUAAAGUACAUCAGAAAUACUAUUGUAUAUGCCAUGAUAAGCCUAUAUACCAAUAAAAAUUGGUUAUGUAUCUUCUGGAACUUGUAUAUAAAAGUCACAACGAAGGUGGGUAUGUUCAAGAAUUAUUAGUACACAACUAUUAGUGCAAAGCAUUAUUUCUAAAGAAAAUUGAGAUGAUUUAAAUAUCGAUUUGAUAGCUCAAUUGAUGUUAUUGAAAAUGCUCAGUAAAAAGAACAAACAAAUAAAAUUGUACAUAAAACCCCAUACUAAGGAUAUAAGGCUAAGGGAUUAUUUUUAUCAAUCUAGCUCAAUUUACUGAAGAAAACUACUGAAAACAAGGUGAAAGUCAGGAAAGAACUUUUCAAGAGACUUAAUUCUAAAUCUACCAAGUGAAUUACAGCACUGAAUUUCAAGGAGAUGUGCAGAGGGAGAAUUGAGGUUCAUGACUGCAUCUUGGGGUGGAUAAGAAAUACCCCAGUAACACACUGAACAACAAAAUCUCACAUAUGACACAAAUACAUUAUAAGCAAAGAAUACAGUAGUAUCCAUAGUAAACAACAGUUUCCAUUUGUUGCCUACAAAUUGAUUUCUGUAUUGUCUAUGUAACUGGCCGUUAUCUUUUGUGUGCACAUAUCACAAGUUUAGAGAAACACCACAAGCUUAUUUUACCCCCAUAACAAAAUCAAGAAAAUGUCUUGUUUUAGUAUCAUACUAAACCAAGAAUUAAUUACUGUUUGGGUUGGGGGGUCCAGAAUAUUUCAUGUUGAUUAAAUUAGAUGUAGACUUUGUAAUGUGUAACUUGAAGAUAUGUAAUUUAUGAUUAAAUUGUGUGUAAAUGUUGUAAUAUAAACUGUGGUAAAUGUAUAAUUUCAUGAGUAAUGUUUUCCAAUGAAUGUUGAUAAAAGUUUUCCUGUGUGUGACUGGCAGGUUAAGUAGCAUUUUGAGAAUAUAUUGUUGUUCCCCUUGUGAAGCUCACUAAACUGUAUAUGAUUUGGUGUAUAGAAUAACUUAACUUUUAACAUCUAGAGUCUAAUUAGUGAAAUUUCAAAUUAAUUAGUAUAAUUGUUUUUUUCCUCUUUGUAUUUGUUAGUGAUUCCAGGGAUUUGAGGCAUGCUGGUUUUCCAGAUGCACAAAACCCCCAAAAUAUUGAUGGUGUUUGAAACUUUAUUGAAAUAAGAUCAUGUAUAUGUAUUGAUAUUGUUGUUGUUAUUGUUCUUAAUAAAAAUUCUAAACCUGGGGAAGAUAAAGAAACCCAGAAUGACAAAAUCAGUGCUUCCAGUAGAGUUAGACUGCUGUUUUUCCUCUAAACACACGUAUUCAAAAUAGAAAAAGAAAAAAAAAAACAGAAUUGUGAAAGUGAGAAUUGUUUUAAUUAUUUGUUCAUUUUCUUACAUAAUAGUAUAGUUAUAUUCAUACUCAUAUAUACAAACUUGAAUGGAGAUUAAAAUUGAGGGUAAAUUUUUCAAAUAAAGAAUGCAUCAGAAAACUGAAUGCUUAUUUUAUUAAUGGAAAUAUGAAAUCUGAAAUUGAGAUUUUUUUUCUGAUAACUGAAUUACUAGGGAAGCUUAUAUCCUUAUGUUUAACAAUUUGUGAAGUAUUGAUACCUUCCUAGAAAUAUAGGAAUGAACAGAUAUGCUUUUUUGCCCUUUCUAAAUCUGGUUUUAUAAUCAGACUUAGACAGUGUUUAGGAAAUUAAAUGACUGGGCACUCUCUUCUGGUUUUUUACCACAGAGAUGUUGAAUGGAAGCAGGCUAAGCAAAGCCAAAGAGGCAAGGGGUGUGAGCCCAGUUCUUCUCCCCUAUGCAUUCUCUUCCUUAGCUUCCAUUAGGUAUAGCCUUGGAAACCAGAAACUUCCAUGGCUGUAGAUUUGGUGAGAUAUUUCUCAUCUCAUUCUAAAUUCUUUCUUUGAAUGGAUAGGCAGAACUAUAGGUUUAUAAAGCUAACACAUGAUUCUUCUGAAAAGCAAAAUAUGUCCUCCUAGAACUGCAAGAUAUCUGUCCUGAUUUAUCAUCAGUCAAAAAUUUUUCCCUCAGAAAAAGAAAGAUUUGAUUUUAUUUGAACAUAUACAGUGAUAUGGUAUUUUCAUAUGUUUGCCAGACUGGUUAUUUUAUAUUGUGGCCAUAUUCUGUUAAAAGGUGACUAUUAAUUUUCUAGCUAUAGCUUUAAUAUACACAUUUGUAAUUGUAUUCAAUCACUGUGUAUCUCAUUUGCUGAAUACAUACACAUUCAUUUCUCAAACUUUUUCUCCAAGUUUUAACUAAUACUGUGUCAUUGUAUUAAAGCUAACUUUUACAUAUGAUACAAACAAUGUAAACAAUUUAGAGGAUAAAUUUUAUGUAGUCUCAUUUAGUAAUUUAACAUUUUAUUUUUAGUUACACAAAUUUGGUUAGAAAAUAUAUUGUUAAAUGAUGAGUGGUAUUGUGCAAUGGUGACAGUAUGAAAAGCUUCUGCCUUCUCAAAUUAAUGUUUGUCACACACUUUCAUUGAAAUGGUAAAAUAGUAGACUAAAUAGAUCCUAUAUUGGGCAGUCCUUAAAAUUCAAUCCUCUCAUAUACAAAAGAUAACUUUCACUCCUGAGUAAAUUGCAUAACAUUUACCCCUAAGCAUAUUCAAAUUUUUCUUGAAUUUUUUAUUAAGGCUUAAUAUUGAUAUAUGUAAUAUACAUUUAUAAAGUUGUGAUUUCCUUUGUAUUCUUCUGAUUUAUGAUUUAUUAUAGUUAUAAUUUGGUUUUUUCUUUUUGUUUUUGUAAGCCGGGCUCUAAUUACAUUGAAGUGAAAAUUUUUCUCACAAAUGUAGGGUACUAUUUUUGGUAUUUCCAAGUGGCCCAAUUGGCCGACAUACUAUGGGAGCAGAGCAAGUGACUAUAUACAGACAGCGACAUUUUUAUAACAUGUGCCAAUUAUCUCACUACAGAAUCUUAGACAGGAAAGUUAAUAUAUUCAUCCACAGUAGCUUUCUUCCAGUAACCACCAGUGUGCUUUCCAUAAAUAUGAUUGUUAUAAGCACUGCAAGUUUACAACAAUAAGACUGGAGAAGAAAAGGCUGCUCAUAAAAAUGUGUGUGCACAAAUUAUAAAAAGAAGGCAAUUGUUUUGUGAUUGUAUAUGAUAAUUUUAAGAAUAAAAAUUGUGAAAUUUAUGCUGUCCCUGCUUAAAAUAUUUGAAAAAUUUGAACUGUGUAUUUAUGUUUGUAUUGGGGAAGACUCCUCCUCUGUGACAUCAUACAGCUUCUAAAAGUUAACAGUAUUCCAAAGUAUGGGAUGCUUUGGAAGUGAAGGAUUGGAUAUUUUUUGGACAAGAAUGGCAGUAUGUAGUCCAGUGGCAACUGUGUAUUAAUUGUUCUAUUUCAGGUUCUGUAUUGCAUGUUUUCUUAUUCAUAAAUAUAGAUAUUAAUAAAGUAAUUA